AUGCUUGGAGUCAAGCGCUAUGCUACCAUGGUAGCAGCUGCUACGACUAUGUUCCUUGGUGCCACCUUCGCCCAAGCUCCUCCGGCGCCUCAAGGCUUGACGUACCUCAACUCGACAGUCUACCCAGGUGCAUCCAUCUCCUUCAGAGAGACCACCAUCUGUGAGACCACCGAUGGUGUCAGAGGUUGGAGUGGUUACGUCAACCUCCCCCCUUCACCCCAAGAAGGUCGCAACUAUCCAAUCCACACUUGGUUCUGGUUCUUCGAGGCUCGCCAUGAUCCAGAGAAUGCGCCGCUUUCACUUUGGCUCCAGGGUGGACCUGGUGCACCAACAUCGAUUUCUGCUGUCAACGAGAAUGGUCCAUGUAACUUGCUCAACAAUUCGAGAGAUGCGGUCAACAACCCAUGGUCUUGGAAUGACAGAGUCAACAUGUUGUACAUUGAUCAGCCGGUGCAGACUGGCUUCUCCUACGACACUUUGGUUAAUGGCACAAUUUUCGAAGCUCUAUCUCCCUUCACAGUCUUGCCUGCGCAAGUCCCCAGGAACGACACUUCGCUUGCUGGUGUAUUUUCGUCAGGAAACUCGAGCUUGGCACCAAACAGUACCAUGGCCGUCGCGCCUCCCAUGUGGGACUUCAUGCAGAUCUGGUUGAAGGAACAAAAGUUCAGCAUCUGGGGAGAGUCUUAUGGCGGUCACUGGGUUCCUGCCUUUGCCGACUACUUCUACAAGCAGAAUGACCGUAUCAGCUCUGGCACUCUCAACGCGACAUCGCUCACCAUCGAAUCGCUCGGCUUGAUCAAUGCUUGCAUCGAUGCAGAGACUCAAAUCCCCUUCUAUCCUGUCAUGGCGGCAAACAACACUUACGGAAUCAAGGUCUUCAACGACACCACCUACGCCAAUUCGAUGGCGGCUGUACCACAAUGCUUGAACAUGACCAAGACCUGCAGAAGCCUUGCCUCGCGUCUUGAUCCUGAAGGCUGGGGUAACAACACUGAUGUCAACAAUGCCUGUGGGCAAGCGUAUCUGUACUGCUUUGACGCGGUUGCAAGAGAGACCCAGCUGGGGAGUAUCGACGGAUAUGAUGUAUGUACAUGGCCCGCUUCACUUUCGCAGUUCUGCAUACUAAUCUGUGUUGUGUUCAGNGCUUUCCACUUCGACAUCGCCUCACCAUUUAUCCACAAUUUCCCACCUCGUUGGGCAGCUGGCUACCUGAACAAUGCUACUGUUCAAGAAGAUCUGGGUGUUCCACUCAACUUCACUGGCUUCUCUUCCGUUCUCGCUCAAGAGUUCGGUGCUUCAGGCGACUUCUUGAAGGGCAACAAUCUUGCCGCUCUUGGUCAACUGCUUGAUCGUGGUGUCAAAGUCUCCCUUCUCUAUGGAGAUCGCGACUACCAAUGCAACUGUAGGUGUCUGACUGUAUCGCUUGAUCGGGCUGAAUUGACUCAGGAAUGCNNAGGGCUCGGCGGCGAAGCUAUCAGUCUUGCCAUCAACUCAAGCAUCUCGUCUUCUUUCAGUGACGCAGGCUACACGAAGUUCGAGACCAAUGCUUCCUACACCGGUGGUUUGACAAGACAAUACGGCAACUUGUCGUUUACUCGAGUCUUCCAAGCCGGACACGAAGGUAGAUGCUUUUUCCAACUCUCAGUUCCUGUUUCAGUUCUAACAUGUUGUACGCANGUCUCGUACUACCAACCCGAAACCACAUACCAGAUCUUCAACCGCGUCAUCUUCGAUCGUGAUGUUGCGACCGGUCAACUCUCAGCAGCUUCAGCGUCCAACUCUUCCAUGUACGCCACAUCCGGCAACUCCUCUGCUCUCAUCUCAAUCGGUGCACCAAUCGUAUACGAGUCUUCGGUGCCCUCUUGCUACUUUUGGGACAUCCUGGAAACCUGUACACCUGCGCAAGCAAUGCUCUUCGCCAAUGGAAGUGCCAUCACCGAAGACUUCAUCCUUGUCGGCUACACAUUGAAGGAUGGUACGAAGCUCUUCUACAACCAGACUUCGGCUGGAGCUGGCAAUGGAUCAUCUCCGCAGCCAUAUGUUCCUGAAAAUGCUGCGACGCAUGCAUCGUCUAUGAGUCUGAGCUUGGUUGGAUUGGUCGGGGUUGUUGUUGCUGUGUUCAUGUAA